UCGACUAUCCGUUCAGAGCGAGGGAUCUCUCUAUCUGCUUUUCGUUCGAAAAUUGCUAAAGAAUAUUAAUUAAAUUGAGAAAACCGCGAAGAGAAAUGUAGAGAUAGAGAGAGAAAGAUAAAGAAGAGGCUUUCAAGAAGAACAUAGAUCGAGAGGGAGAGGAGAGAGAGUCAUAUGUAAAACGUUCAGAUCAUGAAUCCGGAUUUCUCCAUCUCCCUCUCUCUCUCUCUUCAUGUUUCUCUCUUCUCACCCAUCACAUUUCCUUUUGCAGAUUUUUUAUUCUUUCCUUUAAUGGUGAAAUGCAUUUUCCCUUUCUCUUUGAUAGAUAAAAGCUUCCAGUGAUCAGAUCUGGUUUUCUUUCUUUCUUCAGCUUCAAUAUUUCGGUUCCAAUCCUUGAAUUUUUCUGUUACAUUGUCUAAUUCCUUCUCGGUUCCUUAAAAUUUUCGUGUUGAGAUUAAUGGAAACCAGUGGUGGAGGUAAUCGACGAAGAUUGACACACCAGGUCUCAGUGAUCGACACGUCCAAUCUCAGAAAUCUACUCAGAUCAAACAGCGUUGACGAAAACAACAACAGAGACUCCCUGGCCGGUCUAACCCUCGGCGCAGUACUCAGUGGCGAAGAGAAGAGAUCAGUAAGAGUUCCACCGGUAAGCCGAACACUCCUCGACUUCAUCAACGAAGAAUCAGGCACCAGAGGCCUGUCCGGUCCCAAUCGCAAGAGCUGGAAAUCUUUCCGAGAUCGUCUCCGGCUCCGCCGUGCCAGUGCCGCGUGGGCCUCCUCUUCCUCCGACGGUGACAGCGACGAUUGUAGUCUCCAUAUUUCAGAGCCAACCUCGGCCGAUCCGCUCGAAGUUUCGAUUGAAUCUACUCAACCGGUGAACGGACCUGAAGGCAGAGGAGACGUUGUGCCUGAGUACGAGGCGGUCACCGCUGCUAAUAGACCGGUAAUGAUGAGGCUCGCGGCGGCAUUAGCUAAUGAGAGAGAGCUGCAACGGCAACGCGAGAUUGAAAGGGAGGGAUUGAAUCCGAUUGCUGUGGGAGAGGAAGUGAGAGAAGAAGAAGAAGAAGAAGAGGUAGUUGAACAGGCGGUUGUGGCGGAGGCGGAGGAGACGGCGCCGGUGAGGAUGUCGUUGAUGGCAUUGCUGGAGGAGACGGACAGGCAAGCGGGAUUACUGGGGUCCACAUUGACAGGUGACGUGGCGGACGAAGAAGAAGAAGAGGUGGAUGAGGAUAUUGAUGACGAUGGGGGAGAGUACGUGUGCUGCGUGUGUAUGGUUAGGCACAAAGGUGCGGCGUUUAUACCAUGUGGGCAUACCUUUUGUAGGCUUUGCUCAAGAGAGCUUUGGGUGACAAGGGGGAAUUGUCCACUCUGCAAUGGCUUCAUCUUGGAGAUUCUUGAUAUCUUCUGAUCAUCCUCAUCACAUUCUCUCUCUCUCUCUCUCUCUCUCUCUCAUCGAUCAACAUCUUCUUCUGGUGUUUCUUAAUAAUUUUUUCUUGUGUUUCUAUGGUUGAAAUUGGUCCAGCAAAUAAGAAAUCAGGUAAGAUUUCUCUCAAAGUAAAUAUAAGAAGGGAAAAGGUUUUCAGAGCUGCUGGGUGGGUAUGCUAGCAUCUUUUGUGAUUCUCUCUUUUCCUCGCAUGAAAUGAUUCUAUCAUCCUCCAAUAUAUGAUGCCAUUUUACC